GAGAGAGAGAGAGAGAGAGAUGCACGCAGUGAUACAGAGACACAGUGAGGGAUGCACUGGCUCAAAGUGAAGCGGGAAGUCCGGGAUUUAGCUUUUUCCUUCCCCUUUGCUUCUCUCUCAUUUUAGGAUAACGACAUUAAAAUACAAACAGAUUGAUUUUAUUGCAAACACACACCGGGGAAGUUUCGCUUUUGGACACUUUUGGGAUAGUCUGCACGUUUUGCACAAUUUUGAGAUUUCCAGACAACUGCUCCAGCAUUUACUCAUUUCUCAACUUGCUCCAGCUCAAGUCGUUUUUUUAAAUGUAUUUUUUGUGCGCAAUGGCUGGACGUUUUUACCGUCUGUGUGCUCACAUGGAGAGAUUCGGGAUGCUUGACUGAAAAUUAACAAAUAAAUAAAUAAAUAAGAAAUAAACAACUCCUGUGGAGGCGAGAGUCACCUUCUGAGUCUGGAUACCGGGACGAUUUCAUGAAUCCUCCUUACCUUUUCAUUUGGGGGAUCUGUUCAGGAGUCUGUGCAGCGUUUUAGUUCAGAGCGCACUUUGUGUCUGACUCAACGAUGUGCUUCGGUGGGAAAUACUGUGUGUUUUUGUUCCUGCUUGAAAGUAUCCUGUCGGACCCGGGAACCACAAACCGAGUGGUUCUGUUGGACACUACGACAGUGCUAGGAGAACUGGACUGGAAGACCUAUCCCGUCAAUGGGUGGGACGCUAUCACAGAGAUGGACGAGCAAAACAGACCUAUUCACACCUUCCAGGUUUGCCACGUAAUGGAACCAAACCAGAACAACUGGCUACGGUCUGGAUGGAUCCAACGGCAGGCUGCACAGAGGGUAUAUGUCGAGCUGCGUUUCACACUGAGAGACUGCAACUCCAUUCCUUGGGUGUCCGGUACCUGCAAGGAAACCUUCAACCUGUUUUACCUGCAGACAGAUGAACCGCUCCCAGCAGGGACAAGGUUUCGCACUUCUGACUAUGCCAAGGUGGACACCAUCGCGGCAGAUGAGAGUUUCACGCAGACAGAUCUUGGGGAUCGUGUUCUUCGCCUCAAUACUGAGGUCAGGGAGGUGGGGCCGGUGACACAUAAGGGUUUCUACUUGGCCUUUCAGGAUGUAGGAGCUUGUAUUGCGCUUGUGUCUGUGAAGGUGUUCUACAAGCGCUGCCCAUCGACUUUAAGGAACCUGGCAGCGUUUCCAGACACGGUACCGCAUAUGGACUCAUCCUCUCUGGUGGAAGUGAGGGGUGCGUGUGUGGAGAAUGCAGAAGAGAGGGACACACCCAAAUUGUACUGUGGUGCUGAUGGAGAUUGGUUGGUACCGCUGGGCCGCUGUGUCUGUAGUAUUGGCCACGAGGAGAUGGAUGGCUACUGCAGGGCUUGUAAGCCUGGCUCCUUCAAGGCGUAUGCUGGGAACACGAAAUGCUCCAAGUGUCCUCCACAUAGCUCCAGCCAUGACCAGGCUGCCACCAUCUGUCACUGCGACAAAGGCUUCUACAGAGCUAUCAAAGACUCCUCCGCCAUGGCGUGUACAAGGCCUCCGUCAGCUCCCAGGAACCUGGCCUCAUUGAUCAACGACACGGCUCUCUUCCUGCAGUGGAUGCCUCCUAGCGAUACGGGAGGCAGGAAGGACAUCACUUACAACAUCCUGUGCCAGCGCUGUGAUGGAAGUAUCGGCGAUGUGACACAGUGCGAGCCGUGUGAGCCAGACCUGAGGUUCAUUCCAAGAUCACUUGGUCUGACCGGUACCUCUGUAGCAAUAAUUGAUUAUGCAACGCACGCCAACUACACCUUCCAUGUAGAGGCCGUGAAUGGCGUCUCUGGGCUGGGCGUGGCCGCACGCUCAUUGGCGAAUGUUACCGUCAACACACACCAAGCUGGUCCUGCUCUGGUGGGUGUUGUCAGGAAAGACUGGGCCACUCAAAACAGCAUCGCCCUCUCCUGGUCACAAGUGGAACAGCCGCCUUCAGAUAUAGUGGACUAUGAAGUCAAAUAUUAUGAGAAGGAACAAGAGCAGCUGAGCUACUCAUCAACACGGACCAAAACCCCCAGCGUGGUGGUGACGGGACUCAGACCCUCGACUGUAUAUGUCUUCCACGUGCGUGCUCGCACCGCUGCAGGCUACACAGCAUACAGCCCCAACUUUGUGUUUGCUACUGCAGCUGAGGAUCCUGAUAUCGCCGAUCAGGGUCAAGUUCUGGUGGUCGUCACAGCGUCUGUAGGAGGCUUUUCCCUGCUGGUCAUCCUUACCCUUUUCCUCCUCAUCACUGGCCGGUGUCAGGGGUACAUUAAGGCCAGGAUGAAAUCGGAGGAGAAGAGGAGGACUCGCUUCCACAGUGGACACGGUACACUACGUGAUGUUUUUUACUUCCCAUUUUCUGGGAUAAAGACGUAUGUGGAUCCAGACACUUAUGAAGACCCCACUCAGGCUGUGGAGGAAUUCGCCAAAGAGAUAGAGCCCUCAUACAUAUGCAUCGAGAGGGUGAUCGGUGCAGGUGAAUUUGGAGAGGUCUGUAGUGGUCGGCUGCGCGUACCUGGAAGGAUGGACAUCGCUGUGGCAAUAAAGACACUUAAAGGCGGCUACAUGGAUCAACAGAGGCAAGACUUUUUACGUGAGGCCUCAAUCAUGGGACAGUUUAACAACCCAAACAUCAUUCGACUGGAAGGAGUGGUCACCAAGAGCAGGCCAGUGAUGAUAGUGGUUGAGUACAUGGAAAAUGGAGCACUUGAUUCUUUCCUCCGGACACGUGACGGUCAGUUCACAGUCCUCCAGCUCGUUGGCAUGAUGCGCGGCAUCUCAGUAGGCAUGACCUACCUGUCAGAGAUGGGUUACGUUCACAGAGACCUUGCCGCCCGCAACAUCUUGGUGGAUGAGAACUUGGUGUGUAAGGUGUCUGAUUUUGGCAUGUCCAGAAUCCUUGAGGACGACAGUGAAGCAGCCUACACUGCGACAGGAGGAAAGAUACCAAUACGCUGGACGGCACCGGAGGCUAUUGCUUAUGGGAAAUUUUCCUCAGCUAGCGAUGUGUGGAGCUUCGGUAUUGUCAUGUGGGAAGUGAUGUCAUAUGGUGAGAGGCCCUACUGGGAGAUGUCCAACCAAGAUGUCAUUUUAUCAAUCGAAGAAGGCUACCGUCUACCAGCACCAAUGGGCUGCCCCGUGACACUGCACCAGUUGAUGCUGCACUGCUGGCAGAAGGAGUCAAGCCAGCGCCCACGCUUCAACAAUGUGCUCUCUUUCCUGGACAAACUCAUCAUCAAUCCCAGCAGUCUGCUCACUCUGGUGAACGAUGUGCAGAGUUUCCCUGACUCCCCGGAGGACAUGCCAGACUACCCUCUUUUCAUCUCCAUCGGCGACUGGCUUGACUCGAUCAAGAUGAGCCAGUAUAAGAACAACUUCCUUGCAGCGGGAUACACAACGCUGGAUUCCAUUUCAACCAUGAGCAUAGACGACAUCAGGCGCAUCGGGAUCUGUUUGAUCGGUCACCAGAGGAGAAUCAUAAGCAGCAUACAGUCCCUUCGCCUGCAGCUUCACCACAUCCAACAGAGUGGCUUUCAAGUGUGAGACCGUUGCACUGAGACAGACUGUGUGUACACACAGAGCUGGAAACAAACCAGAGCUCCUUGGCAUCGUCAUCCAACUAAUUGCACAAACACCAGACUGUUAGGUGUAGCAGGUAACUGCUUAUGUGAGCAGCGGUCCGCUGCUAGGCCGACGACAUGUGGGACUGGUGAAUACACGCUCAUCAUCUUAUGGAUCAUUAUCAAUACAGCCUCCACAACAACCAACCUCUGUCAGCGUUGGCCAAAUGAGGUCUCCUUGUUAUCUCAGCAAAUACUAGCAUUCACUUGAAUUUAGGACUUUCUCUAGUGUCUAUUCAAGUGUUCACCAAUACCUCUUCUCUUUCCAAGUGACAAUCCAAUGGUUUCUAUUGACUUUGAAUGGUCUCUUGUUACCUCAUGACCAGAGAAGAUGUGGAUAUAUGGUAUGAUAAUGUAUGGUAAAGUAUGUGAUUUUAACAGCAACCUUUCCGGCUGGUUAUUGUAACAAUUCACCAGAAAUAAAGAUUGACAGAAUGGUAAAUACAAUCAUGUUUUUUGAACUGAAGACCACUGAAUGUCAAAAGAUUUUAUAGAAAUGUAUGUUCUAUCCUCAUGAUAAUGCAGUAUGUCUUGUACAAAAAGUCUUGUGAAAGCUGUAUGUUUUAUUCAGUAUGUUUGUUCCUUAAUAAACAACCCUAUUUUAAUAGUUCGUCUUCUCUCAGACGUUAACCCCGGGUCAGAGCAUCUAUCUCGCUCUCUCUCCGAAGCUGACU